ACCGAGAGUAGGCCAGUGGGGAAGGCGGCGGCGCGACUCCGAUAGAAGAGGCGCCAUGGCAUCAUCAUCCAAAUCGGUCGUGCCGGUCGCCGUCGCAUUCUCCGAUUCGACCGCGCUCCGCUCGGAUUCUGCGGAGAUCUCCCCGGUUGCACUGGCAGCCACCUCAAGAGCAAUCCUUUUAGAUGAACUCGACCUCGAUGAUGGAUCAGAAAAUCAACUCGGAGGAGCGGAUUGGGGAAGGAGAGAUGUCUAAGAGGCGGCAGGUGCAGGAAGACUAUUGCCGCAUCCACCCCGGCAAGAGGUUGCGUCCUGUGCAGCAGAGGCAGAAAUUUCUGUAUCUGGUGGUAGAUGACUGGAAGUGGGGCUUCACCAUCCGCAAGAUCGAUGUCGACGACAACUUGGAAACCAGCACCGACCUGGAUCUGGAGCCGAGCGUCCUCCGGCUAAGAGCACCUGUGCGGGGCCAUGGCAUGGACUUCACCGCCCUGGGCAGCAACAUCUUCAUCGCCGCCAGAAAACACACUGGAACCUUCGUCUACGAUACAGAGACGGAGGGCGUGGCCAUCGGCCCGAACCUGUCGGAUUCCAUGAUGCCCGGCGUUCACAUCUUCCUGGCCACUCCCAGCAUGCAGCUGUACGCCUUGAAGAAUAACAUCCUUGAACGGGAGCAUUCCUUUGAGGUGAUGUCCACCGUUGGUGGUCCUAAUCCGCCGCACAUGUCAACUCCAACCAUGGACUGGUCCUGGAAAAGCGUCCCCUCGCCGCUGCCGUUUGCCGACAAUGAGAGGGUCACCGCCUAUGCCUUGCACCCGGAUGGAAGCACCAUCUUCAUGACAGCAGGCAGCAGGAACCGAUUUCGUACUUUCUCCUUCGACGCCACACAGUCUGAGUGGAGGUGCCAUGGGGAAUGGGUGCUGCCUUUCGAAGGCCAAGCCUACUUCGACGUCGAGCUGGAUGCAUGGGUUGGACUUCAAAAGGAUGGCUACAUUUGCUCCUGCCAAGUCCCGUCCUGCAGCAGCAGCAGCACAAGUACCACGCAGCCGGAUUGGAGGAUGGUCAAGGAGAAGAUGUUCCGCAACGACCGGCGAAGCACUGCCACCCUCACGUACAUGGGCGACACCAAGUUUUGCAUUGUGGAAUCUGUGCUACGCGAGGGUCUGGAGCUUGAGGACGCCCAUGGCGUCCGUGAUGGAUUCAAUCUCCAUAUCACCAUUUUCGGCCUCAAGUAUAAUCGUGAGGGAGAGCUGCAAACCACCAUCGACCGCACCACUAAAUCCUAUCAACUGUCUAAGCAUUUGUCAUUUUCUCCUGUAGCAUUCUGGAUGUAGUUAGGAACCAGUUCUUUGGGCUGCCUGUCUGGAAUACAUAGUAUGUAUGUCUGAGUACUCUGGAAUUCUGGGUGUAAGUUUUGAGUUAUGGUCAUCUAAAGUUUGCUUCUCCUGGUAA